AUGAAGGAGGGCAAGAGAGGUCCAAACCCAGCCCUGUGGUGUGUGAAUAACCAAGGGGAUAAACUGAAGUGGAGUUUCAGAGAGAAAGCAGACUUAUCCCACUGUGCAGCCAACGUUCUUACCCAGACCUGUGGCCUACAUCAGGGAGACCAUCUAGCCUUGAUCCUGCCCCGUGUGCGUGAGUGGUGGCUAGUGACCAUAGGGUGUACCUGAGAAGGAAUAAUCUUCAUACCAGGAACCACCCAGAUAAAGGCCAAGGACAUUCUCUACCAAUUACAAGUGUCUAAAGCCAAGGGCAUUGUGACCAUAGAUACCUUUGCCCCAGAGGUGGAUUCUCUAGCUUCUGAGUCUGCUCUGAAAACAAAGCUCCCAGGGUCUGACCAUAGCCAUUAAGGGUGGCUGGACUUUUGUAUUGAAUCCCUUGGCAUAUCAACAUCCCCAAAUUACACCUGUAUUAAGUCAAAGACACUGGACCUAAGGGCCAUCUUCUUCACCAGUGAGACCACAGGCUUACCCAAGAUGGUGAAACACAAUCAUGGACUUGCCUUGCAAUCCUCUUUCCCUUCAAGCAGGAAAUUACUGCAACUCAAGACAUUUGAUAUCUUCUGGUGCUUUUCGGACUCAGGCUGGGUUUUGGCUGUCUGGGGUUGUGUGCUGGAACCAUGGACAGCAGCGGCUACAAUCUUCAGCCAUCAUCUGUCCCAGUUUGACCCCAAGAUCAUUGAACAGAUGUUGUUCAAAUACCCCAUCACCCAGUGCCUUGCUGCACCAGCCGCAUAUCGAAUGAUUCUAUAGCACACUUCUACCAGUCUCAAGUUUCCUACCCUGAAGUACUGCACUACUGGUGGGGAGGCUCUGCUGCCAGAAGAGCAAGAGGAAUGGAGAAGACGGACAGGUCUUCUGCUCUAUGAGGGCUACAGACAGUAGGUAAAUGGUCCUUUCUGGGGAAUGAAGAUCACGGGGUUCCCUGGAGAAAGCCAUCCCCCCUUUGACAUCCAAAUCAUUGACGACAAGGGAAAUAGCCUGCCACUCAACACUGAAGGCUACAUUGGCAUCAGUAUGAAACCCACAAAGCCCACUGGGCUCUUCAUGGGCUAUGAUGAAAAUCCAGUAAAGACAGCUGAAAUAGAGUGUGGGGACUUUUAUAACUCUGGAGAUAGAGCAACUAUGGAUGAAGAGGGCUACCUGUGGUUCCUGGGGAGGAACGAUGACUUCAUCAAAGCCUCUACGUACUGCAUCCGGCCCGCAGAGGUGGAGAAUGCCCUGGCUGAACAGCCAGCAGUGGCUCAAUCAGCUGUGGUGAGCAGCCCGGACCUGAUUCGAAGGGAGGUGGUAAAGGCAUUUAUCGUCCUGGUGCCAGAUUUCCUGUUGCAUGACCAGGACCAGCUCAUCAAGGAGCUGCAGCACGUGAAGUCAGUAACAGCCCCGUAUUAA